AGUUACGUCAGUGCUGGUGUACCGCGGUAUAUUUCAGUACACAACACUUAUUUGACAACAGUUUUCUCUGUCUCCUCGAUGGCUUCACAGUAACCCACCAUGUCUGCUUUCGAAGAAACCUGGCUCACCGGUCCUGAAUCCACCAAUUUCUACACGCGCACCUACCACCCCAAAGACCCACCAGUGAAAGCUGCCGUCGUCUUUGUGCACGGUUUCGUUGAGCAUAUCGCGCGAUACGAGCACGUAUUCCCCGUCUGGGCUGCCCGUGGCAUCGCAGUCUUCGCGUACGAUCAGCGCGGUUUCGGGCGCACGGCGCUGGGCGAAGAACACGCGGUGUGGUUCUGUAGCACAACAUGA